AUGGGAAGUCUGGCCGACACUGUCGGUCGGAGGCCGGUGUACAUGGUUGCAUUUUCGAUAUAUAUCCUGGCCAACGUCGGGCUAGCGAUUCAGCGGUCGUUCCCGGCGUUGUUGACGCUGAGGAUGCUGCAAAGUGCUAGAAGUUCAGGAACUACAUCGCUCGGUUAUGGAGUGAUUUCCGACAUUGCGAGUCCGGCUGAGAGGGGAUUUUAUGUGGGGAUGCUUCUUCUGGGACCGAAUGUCGCGCCGCCUAUUGGGCCUUUACUGGGAGGAGCAAUCGCCGAUCGUCUAGGCUGGAGCUAUAUAUUCUGGUUCCUUUGCGGACUGUCUGGGCUGUGUCUGCUCACAAUCACCCUCUCUCUGCCCGAGACAGCACGGUGCAUAGAUGGCAACGGGAGCAUCUCUGCAAGGGGGAUUAUUUACAAACAAUGGCUACCUAUACUUCGACAUGUAGCUGUCAGAAAUCCUGCUGAAGUUCCUCAAGAACGAAGACAGCCACUCCGUCGCCUUCCGAAUUCAAUUCGCUCUCUGCGAAUCCUUCUGGAAAAGGACUCGGCUAUCAUCCUGUUCUGCAACGGCAUCUUCUAUGCGACGUAUUGCUGCCUCCAGGCUUCGUUGUCGUCGUUGUUUAUCGCACUCUAUGACUACGGGGAGCUGCAAGCGGGACUUGUCUACAUUCCCUUUGGGGUUGGAUGCUUGAUAGCAUCAUUAUUGUUAGGAAAGCUCCUGGACCAUGACUACGCACGCGUUGCCAAAGCCCAGAAUGCCAGGGCUGGAAAUACAAGACCGAACGAACUGGAAAACUUUCCGAUCGAAAAGGCCCGGCUGAGGAGCAUCUUCUAUCCUGUUAGCGUCAGCGUCCUUGUCAUUAUUGGGUACGGAUGGGCGUUGGAAAAGAGAGUCAGUCUCGGAACCCUUCUAACAGACAUCCAUCCCACGACAUCCUCAACCGCCGCCGCAGCAGCAAAUAUUGUUCGCUGCCCGCUUGCCGCUGGAGGUACAUCAGUCCUGCAGCUCCUCAUUGAGUCCGUUGGAGUGGGAUGGUGCUUCACUCUUAUCGGGGCUGUUUGUGGACUGUGUAUCCCUUUGCUGGUAUUCGAGCGAGAGAGGGGUGGGAAAUGGAGGAUGGCUAGAGCCAUCAACACUGAUCGUACAGGAUUAGAGUAG